AGACAUAAGCUCACCAGGCAUAUAUGGCCAGGUGAGCUAAAGAUAUUUAACUCUACAAAUUUUGUGUGGUGAACAAUAAUCCAAAAACCAGAAAACAUAAGAUAAUAAUUGUUUUUUAGAGCUCCUGCUGGUGAUAUGUCACAGGCUUUUAGUAAUCAAUACAUCAACACAAUGAGUGUGCUCCUCUCGAGCUCUAUCGAGAAUAGAGCACAAUCAUAAUCAUGUGAGUUGUCCCAUUAUAAUCAUAAUCAGACACUGUAGAUGAGAUCUGUACAAUAAUGCUGACUUGGAUCAACUCCAAAACUCAACGUGGCAGGGGUAAAAGAUAAUGUGUCAUUUAUAUUUCUUAUCUUUUGUUUUGUUGCUGCUAGGUAGGUUAGUGUUCACAACGACCGACCGUGUAGAGUGCACCAAUUGAAACCAUCUAGACCUGAUAUAUAUGUGAUAUAUGUGAAUCAGGUUACUUGGCUUUACGUCACGGCUAGACCCAGGUGUUCGACGGAUGACUAGUUAAGUAUGACUGAAAGAUUUCAUCUAACAUACGAAAGUGAAGAGAGUUGUCAGGUACACUGACUACAAAAGCGUGGUAUUAGGUGUACUAGUGAGAUCCAAUGACAAUAUGACAGUGUACGUGCCAUAAAGUUGGAUAUAUGUUGUCAAGACUAUGGAAAUUACUUUUGUUUUUCAUGUGAAGAUGAAACUUAAGUAGACCCAUUCCAGACACUGCUGACAGACGCAAGGAGAGUUCAGGAACACUGGGUCAAUAACACUCUAUGUUACAUCACAACGUUGAUUGGAUGAUCCAAUCUCUAUAUUUAUUGAUUGGUAUGUCAAUUAGCAAUAUAAUUAAAAUGGUAUCACUGAUGAAGCGGAUCACAUUAACACUGAAGAUUGGUUGACUGAAGUCUGUGGCAAUGAAUGCCAAAGAACGGUUGACUCUGCAGAAGUUCCACAAUGUGUUGGUUGAAGGUAUCAUGCUGAGUGAGACUUUCCUUGGAGAGUUCAUAGCACAAGGGAUUCUAGAUCUCGACCUUAAGGAGGAGAUCACAUGUGAGGUGACCGUAGAAGCCAAGAAUGCCAAGUUUCUGUCGGUCUUGCCCCGCCGUGGUCCCAAUGCCUUCCCCACCCUACUGCGAGUGCUGGAGAGACAGGCACCCUGGAUCAAAGAUGAGUUGGAGACAUUCUACAACAAGCAGAGACGUAUCGUGUACACUAGGGACGGUGAUUUCGUCCCUGAUGAUAAUACAGAUAUACAGCCCAGUUAUGAUCCUCCAAACAGAAGCCAGAGCAGUACUGUACUGGAAAAGGCAGUGCAGACGCUUGAAGAUUUCCAUAACGAAGAAGAUGUCAGUGUCAUAAAAAGUUUGCGAUCAACAAUCGAGCAUAUCUAUCUGAGACUGGUGACCUACCUCCAUAGUCAAGGAAUAAAGGAAUUUAACAUUGUUGAAUUAAACGUAACCUCUGAGCUACUAGACAGAGUAGCGAGGGAAAUGUUGAAUGUUGUGUCAAACAAGGACAACAUACUUUCAAAUAUUUCCAGUCAAUUUAGCGAAACUGAGAAGCAAAUGGCAGAAAAUGAUGUGUGUAGCAUGGUCAAGAGAGUCCUCUCAGAUAAAGCAUCACUGAAACAUUAUCUUGACAAUAAGGACUUGGAGGUGAUGGAGCUAGAGAAAGAAUCAAAUAAAAGAAUUGAAACCCUGGAGGACAAGCUCAGGCAGCUUGAGGAGAAGGUCGAGGAGAAGCAGCUUCGUGUACUAGCACUGGAGGAACAGUUGCAGGGUAAAGAGAGUGAGAUCCAGAAGUUGGAAGUUGCUGACAAACUGCGGCUACAGGAGCCACUGUUGAAGAGAAUACACAGCUUGAUAGAUGAGGUGUCCACCGCAAAGAGUCAGAAGGAGAAACAGAUGUAUCAGACAGAGCAGGAGUAUCAGGAUCUGCAGAAGGAUACUAUUGGACUUGAGAAUCUGUUGAAUCAGCUGAAGGGUGUUCAUCAUUACCAUGAACAACAGCAUAGGAGUCAUGAGCGGUAUCGAUCUGUAUCCCAGAGCAUCAACAAUGAGAAUAUUGGUAGAGAUGGAAAGGUGUAUCAAGGCAUGUUUUCCUCUGAACAAACUUUGACUGUUGAUAGUCAUUUAGGGUUUGACAUGUCAACCAAUAAGAAUGAGAAAACUUACCAAACAAAACCCAGUAGAAGUCCCAGGAGAAGAUUAAAGAGAAGUCCUAGGCCUGGCAACAUGCUAGUUAACAGGUCAAAUUCAGACACUGUGCCUACUUCGCCAAAGCAGAAAACACCUCGAUACCAGCAACCAAUAUUUAGUAGGCAAGUUUCAGAACUUCACCUUGAUAACCGAUCAACAUCAAGACAAAGUACAGAUUUCCUUAGGUCAGUGUCAAGACAAGGAACAGACUUGUCCAGAUCUGUAUCCAGACAGGCUACUAAUUUCUCUUUGAAAAGCAGCACUAUGUCUAUGCCAUACACAAGCCGCCAGGGCACAGAACAGUCUCUCAUGAAUGGACACCAGUCCCGGACAUCAGUCAGAUCUGAAGACAUUGACCCUCUUGCAUCUGCUAGACAAACACCUCGUGAUAGUCCUCAACUACAAUUAAUGACCAGAUCUGAAAGUGUUAGGUCAAAUCCAAGGCAAAAUCGUGCCACAUAUCAGACAAGAAGGGAAAGAACAUGUCGUCUACUGUACAUGAGGUGACAAGGUGCAUUCGUAGUUGAAAGAUAGAACAGGACAAGCUUAUUUUGUUGACACACUGUCUCAACAUAUUUAUGUAUCUGUGGAGGCUGACCUAAAGUUUCCUACUUGAAAGCUAUUUAUGUUUAAGGGAAUACUUGGAGAAACGAUGUUCAAGAUCACCAUCCAAAAUAUUACACUUACCAUCCUAAAAUGGUGAAUAGCUCAAAUAUAAAAAGGAGCAUUAUGAACAUUUAUUUAUAUAGUUUACAGAAUACAAUCAGAGAAGGAGUCUUCUGGCUUUGAAAACAGCCUGAACAAAUGACUCAAUCAUUAUCAAUUAUUUUCAAUCACUAUUCAUUGAGAUGGAUGGAUCUAAAAGCACAGAAGUACCUUUCACCUCACUGGCAAUGUAUCUGUCACUUGACUUGACUUGAGUGCAUUAUCAUUUUAUACUGCAUCAGCAACUGUGCGAUAAUUUGGGUAAAGACAUCAGUUUAUACCUCUUGCUGAGACCAUCAAACUCAAAGUCACAAAUACUUACAGCAUGUGAUUACCCUGUAACACUAACUGCUUUCUGGAUAACAAUGUAUUUUUGUUUGUUUCUGUGUUACCUGGUUUACAGCUCCUAGACCCAGAGCUCCAGAUAAGCUGCGUAUCUGCGUAAAAUAGGCAUCAGAAAUGCAGAAAUAUGCAGUAAAAUAAAAUCCAAGCGUA